CGAGUGUAACGACAGACGACAUACAUUGGAGUGAUAGUGUGGGUCUGUAGAAUAAAGGUCCCUUGACUCGUGAGUUUGGUGAUUGUUUGUGAAAAUGGAGGAGCAAACGACGACGAUGAUGAAGAAGAAAGAGGGGACUGAAGUGAUUCGCAUAGAAAGGGAAUCCGUAAUUCCGAUAAUCAAGCCCAGACUCAUCAUGACUUUGGCUAAUCUCAUUGAACAAAGUGGCGACCGCGCUGAGUUCUUGAAGCUUUGCAAAAGAGUCGAGUACACUAUUCGAGCUUGGUAUCUUCUCCAGUUUGAGGAUCUUAUGCAACUCUACUCCCUCUUUGACCCUGUCCACGGCGCUCAGAAAUUGGAGCAGCAGCACCUCUCUCCCGAGGAGAUUGAUGUUCUUGAACAGAAUUUCCUCACCUAUUUAUUUCAGGUCAUGGAUAAGAGCAAUUUCAAGAUUGCCACCGAUGAUGAGAUUGAAGUUGCGCAUUCUGGACAGUAUCUUCUCAAUCUUCCCAUAUCUGUUGAUGAGUCAAAGCUGGAUAACAAGCUUUUAAAGAAGUACUUCCAAGAACAUCCACAUGACAACCUUCCAGAUUUUGCUGACAAGUACAUCAUUUUUCGACGUGGCACUGGAAUGGAUCGGACGACUGACUACUUUUUUAUGGAGAAAGUUGACAUGAUUAUUUCACGUAUAUGGGGAUGGAUUCUAAGAAUAACAAGGCUUGAUAGAUUGAAAAGGUCGAGUAAAAAACAUAAGAAAGAUCCAAAGAAGGUUGAAGAGAUUCCGGAAGACUCCGAGCAGGCUGAUUACAUUGAACGAAUUCGUAUUGAGAAUAUGAAACUAAGUUUACGCAACCUGGCCAGCAAGAUUACCAUUCAAGAACCUACGUUUGAUAGGAUAAUCGUUGUUUACAGAGGAGCAAGUAAAGGAAAUAAACCAGAACGUGGGAUCUAUGUAAAGCACUUCAAAAACAUUCCAAUGGCUGAUAUGGAGAUAGUACUUCCAGAGAAGAAAAAUCCAAGUUUGACUCCAAUGGACUGGGUUUCGUUCCUUGUCUCUGCAGUGGUUGGAUUGGUAGCUGUUGUUGGUUCACUGGAAUCUCCUAAAGAUGAUUUUUGGGUCAUGUUUGCGAUUCUAUCUGCAGUUAUUGGUUACUGCGCUAAAAUAUACUUAACGUUUCAAGCAAAUAUGACUGCUUACCAGAGCUUAAUCACAAAGUCUAUGUAUGACAAACAGUUGGAUAGCGGAAAGGGCACCCUUCUUCACUUGUGUGAUGAUGUGGUUCAGCAAGAAGUAAAGGAAGUCAUCAUUUCAUUUUAUAUAUUGAUGGAAAUGGGUAAAGCUACUUUGGAGGAUCUUGACCUGCGUUGUGAAGAACUAAUACAAGAAGAGUUUGGCGAAAGUUGCAAUUUUGAUGUAGAUGAUGCAGUCAUAAAGCUGGAAAAGUUGGGCAUUGUUUCUCGGGAUACCAUUGGAAGAUUUUAUUGUGUAAGUCUCAAGCGUGCUAAUGAGAUAAUUGGCACCACUACGGAAGAGCUCGUCCUCAAAGCAAAACUGGGUUCUGGUAAUUAAGUUUACAACAAAGACUGCCCUUUUCCUGCAUUUAUUAUUUAAGAUAAAUGUGUUAUAUUUCUGAUUUGUUAUUUGAGCCAUUUUGUGCAUGUAUAAUACUACUUCCACUGAAUGAUAAUUUACAUUUUUUUUGUAUUUAUUCAUUAAUUUAAUCUUCUUGUGCUGGAUUGCUGAUUUA